GAUAACUGUCCUCCCUAAGUUCCCUGAGGACACAGCCAUGUCCUUCUUGUUCAGUUCCUGGUGGGUGCUGGGUGACAGCUCAUGGGAUGAGUGCCGUGCAGGCUGUGGUUGAUGGGCUGAUGAAGGGGUGGCCGUGCCAGGACCCACCUGUCCUCCCCUCCUUCUCCCUGUGCCAUGCAGAUGUGGUCAACGGGCUGAUGGGCACGGCUGUGGGACCCCAUCAUUCCCCUGCCCUGCAUGACUCUGCUCUCCCAGCUCGACUGCUCACUUCAGACUUCCCUAAUGGAAGGAGUUGCCAGAUAGAGCAAGUAAAAUACAGUGUGCCAGACACAGGUUUAUUUCAACACUGGGAAGGCUCCAUUCCUACUUAAACCCAGCAGGGAACAGGGAGCGGUGUGCAGAGGAGGUGGCCUGCCCGCGAAGCCGGCGCGAAGCCGGCCUUGGUGCCGGGACUGCAGGGAGAGGGCUGUGAGGAAGAGCACAGGCUUCAUGCACAUUGCACAGAGGAGAAGAUUCAUGGGGACAGCAGGCACUGGUUAGGCACAGCGGGAAGGUUAUCGAAGACAAAACACAUUUCUACCCAAGUUUAAAUGACCUGCUGUGCCCACAGAGCUUGAUCCAGAAGUGCACAGGUAAGUAUUUAGCAGGCUGGCCGAUGUUGAUUUGAACAAUCUCAAGAGUGUGCUCUUUAGUGCAUUAAACAUAUGUGACGAGAGCUGAGCACCUUUAAAAUCUUAGUAACUUUGGGGUUUGUAAGUGUUGUAGCUCAUAGUGUCGGUUAAGGUUAGACAUCUCAAUCACAUGCUGUCUUGGCACCAGCUGUGGACUGUGCUGUGAAAGAGAUCUGUGACCUUGCACCCUGAGAUCUCAGGCUCAAUUAAGAGACAAAACAGGCAAUGCAGUAUCAGUGCAGAUGGGAAAGAGAAAGCAGAAAGUACGAAGAGGGAAAGAAGGAGCACAAAGGAGUUAGCAUUAGUCUCUACUGAGCAAUUCCUAUUCCAACCACGUCCUAAAUGAUGAGUUGGAUCCUAGCAGAAAGGGAACACAUGUUAUUUUUAACUGAUUUUAACUUGAUUUAUUGUAACCUAUUAGGAGCUCUUAACAAAUAUGGCCCUUUAUGUUGUUAGCAAGUGUGUUUGAUUUUUGCCACUCUAGGAAGUGAGCUCUGUCCAUGUUUUCAGAGUAGAAAGUGAUCUAUGAUACAAUGAACUGUUUUUAGCUUCAUGAGUUAGAAGUAGGAAGAGGAGAAUGUAUGAAUUUGUUAACUGCCUUUUCCUGUUCAAAAAAAAGCUUUUUCAGCAAAACAUAGUCCUUAAGUUUAAAAAGUCAGUGUUUAUUAUCUGACAGAUAUGUUUAAAUUAGUAAAGAAAACAUUACAUUUUCAUAAACAUUGAAUGAACAUUAUGUGAACAUUGAGUUUAACUUUUGGUUGUCUCUUGGGAAAUUUUUGUCAAUUUGAAAAAUGAUGAAAAGCAUCAACAAAAGAUGCAAGCAAUUGUGUAAUCUCGAUGUGCUACCGAAGUGGCUCUCUGCUUGGGUAUGAGAAAAGCUAUCAAAGGAAAAUUUGAUUUAAGAAAGGAAAUCUAGGCCAGGAGCAGUGGUUCAGGCCUAUAAUUCCAGCAUUUGGAGAGGUUGUGGUGGGAGGAUUACUUUAAGCCAUAAGUUUGAGACCAGCCUAGGCAACAUAGCAAGACCUCAUCUCUAUAAAAAUAAAAUGGAAAGAAAGAAAUGGAAUCUAAAAUAAAGAAAAACAAUAUUAAUGGCAUAUCUUACGCCAGAUUAAAGGCUUCAUUUUGUACUUUCAAAAA